CGUUUGCAGUCUUUAUCGGAAAGGGAGAUAACGAGAACGCCGAUGGCCACAACGUGGCACCCUGCAGGCGCCUCAACCGCACACGUGUAAAAUUCGCAGGACUGCCGGAUUUUGUUACGAAACUGCGUUCCGCCAACGAACUGGAAUACUUCGCCCUCAAGCGUCGUCUGACGGUUGAGAGGAAAAGGCUAAACUGAGGGUGGAGGCAACCAUCACGGUCCUGUGAGCUAAGCACUCGAAUAUGAAGCCUGCCUUGUUGAUUCUGUGUGUGCUGACCGCAGGCGCUCAGGCCUGGUUUGGGACCUCAAUGCGAAGGCUCUACAAUGGGCCAGACAGCCUCCGCAGAGCACCGUCGCAGCUGGGCGACGUGGGCGACCCGCUCUUCCUAACGCCGCUGAUCGAGGCUGGCCAGCUGGAAAAAGCGCGGAACCUCAGCCGCGUCGGCUCGCUCGGGGCUGUGCAGGACUUCCCAGGAUAUUCGGGGUUCCUCACAGUCAACAAGCAGUACGGGAGCAACCUCUUCUUUUGGUUCUUCCCGGCCAAGGAGAAUCCGGAGAAGGCGCCCGUGGUUCUGUGGCUGCAGGGAGGCCCGGGCGGUUCCUCGCUGUUCGGACUGUUCGUGGAGCACGGACCGUACCGGGUGGCCAAAGGCGGCGUGCCCGAACUUCGCGACACCACGUGGGCGCAGCGUUACUCGAUGCUCUACAUCGACAACCCGGUCGGCGCAGGCUUCAGCUUCACCCAGGACGACAACGGCUACGCUCGCAACGAGGUAGACGUCGGCCGUGACCUUCACGAGGCCCUGCAGCAGUUUUUCACGCUCUUCGAUGAGUACGCGGCCAACGACUUCUAUGCAACGGGAGAGUCGUACGCCGGAAAGUACGUGCCGGCCAUCGCGCACGCCAUCGACACAGCCGUUGCACCCAGGGUCAAGAUCAACUUACGCGGCAUCGCCAUCGGAGACGGAAUGGUCGACCCGGAGACCAUGUUCGACUACGCCGACUUCUUGUACCAAAUUGGCCUAGUAGACAGGCGACAAUCCGACUACAUUCGCAACGAGACUGCCCGGGCCGUCGCUUACAUCAAACGGGGGCGGUACCUGGAUGCGUUCCUCAUCUUUGACGAACUCAUAAACGGUGAUACCGUCUCUAAACCGCCGUAUUUUAAGAAUGUCACCGGCCUCAACUUCUACUACAACUUCCUCCUUUCAAAAGAGCCGGAAAGCUUCGGCUGGUACCACGCUUUUGUCGACUCGCCCGUUGUGCGCAAGGCCAUUCACGUGGGUAACCUGACUUUCAACAACGGUGACGCCACUGAGAAGCACCUUCAGGAGGACAUCAUGCAGUCCGUCAAGCCGUGGCUCGCAUCCCUCAUGGACAAGCCGCAGUACAAGGUGCUCAUAUACAACGGUCAACUGGACAUUAUCAUCGCGUACCCACUGACGGACAACUUCGUCUGCAGCAUCCAAUGGUCGGGCAAGGAAGCUUUCGACAAGGCGGAGCGUAAGAUUUGGAAGAGACCGGACGGAAACGGUGUCGCUGGAUACGUCCGGAAAGUUGGAAAUUUCACGCAGGUCCUUGUUAGAGACGCCGGUCACAUCCUGCCCUAUGACCAGCCCGAGGUUGCGCUCGACCUUAUCACUCGAUUCAUCGAAGGGAAGCCCUUCGGCGCGUGAAAUCCUUACUUGCAGGAAGGGCAGAUCAGGAAUUAUUUAAUUUGACGUGGAUGCAAAUAAACGCAUCGGAAUGUGAA